CGGAACGAUCGCUCAGCGCGUAGAAAGAGCCAGCGGACGUUGCAGAAGCAGAUCGCGCAGACCGAAGACAGCGAUGCGGAGGAUGACGUUCGAGAAGACGCUAUAGCGCACGCAAUUCUGGGCGAAGACGAGGGCGACGAGGAUGAAGAGGUGGACGAUGCGGUGGACGUGGGCCACCCAGCGACACCCUCCAAGACUGGCAGGCAGGGAGGACGACCCAAAGGCCGACGGCGUGAACGUACUCCGAGUCCGCCGCCUGAUAUGCCGCCUCAUGAGCUGUACUUCUUUCAGAAUCGGGCAGGCGGCAAUAGGACUUCUGCCAACACAAUGCCCUCGCACCUGCUGUUGAACCACGAGGACUACUUUGCGCAGAUGAAUGCUUACAAAGAUCCUCACGACACAGACAUGAAAAUGCUCAGGGAACUACAUGCGCGAGCAUAUGAUCAAUGGAUGUUUGAGCUGGAAGAAAACUUCAAUCUCUGCUUCUACGGCUAUGGUUCCAAACGAGACCUGCUGAUGGACUUUGCCGAGCACAUGUACUACCAAUGCGAGAAGUCGCCGAAUAUUGUGGUAGUCAAUGGGUACACACCUGGUCUCACCAUACGUGACGCUCUCAAUUCGCUGGCUGGCGUUGUGCUUCCAAAAAGCACUAAGCUCCCAGCACAGCCGACGGCAAUGCUCGAUUUGCUUUCAACUACGCUCACAGAAAGUCCGCCAAAACAAAAGAUCGUCCUCAUCAUUCACUCACUUGAUCACGCCAACCUUCGCAAAUCUGCAACGCAGACGCUGGUCGCGAGAUUGGCUUCACACGCCAGCAUAUCGCUGUUGGCUUCGUGCGACACGCCGAACUUUCCACUCCUGUGGGACGUAUCACUUUCGUCUCAACUACGCUUCCUCUAUCACGACGCGACGACCUUUGCACCAUACACAGCUGAGAUCGAAGUUGUGGAAGAGGUGAAUGCUCUGCUGGGCAGAAGCAGCCGGCGCUUAGGUGGCAAAGACGGGGUUGGCUACGUGUUGAAAUCGCUACCAGAGAAUGCGCGAAGCUUAUUUCGCAUCCUCGUCGCAGAGCAGCUUGCAUUGGCCGACACUGAAGACGAUGCUCUGCUCAACGGUGCUUCGGCGCCUGCGCCGAACGCACCGAUCGGCAUUGAGUACAGGACAUUGUAUCACAAGGCAGUGGAAGAGUUUGUUUGUUCGAGUGAGGUGAACUUUAGGACACUACUGAAGGAAUUCCACGAUCACCAAAUGAUCGAAAGUCGGAAAGACGGGCUUGGCACCGAGCGACUUGUCGUUCCCUUCAGGAGAGAGGAGCUGGAGUCGAUACUAGAGGAGCUGGUAUGA